ACGUGUCGGCCCUGAAACAACAACACUGCCAUCGUUCACAUCAUGCAAACUGCACGUACCAUCAAGAAAACCCGUCGUUCACUAUGUAUUUAAGUGGGAUUCUCUGUGGGAAGUUACCUCAGGGUACAAUGAGCUUGAAACGGUUUAUGUUGAGAACAGAAGCUAUCAGAUUAUACAGAAAUAUACUUCGUCAAUUGCAGCACUUACCAGACAAGUCUCAACGUAAAGAAAUAAGAGACUGGACUCGGGCUGAUUUUGAAACUCACCGACAUCACGAAGAUGAGGAAGUAAUCAAGCGGCUGAUUAUGCAAGGCAGGAAACAACUAGAAGAGCUGGAGAAAUCAAUUCGCUUAGCUAAGUCAUAAUUCUGUAUAGUAUGAACAUACUUUUGAAGUUGUAGUUAAGCUUGUAUUAUAUAAAUAGUAAAUUUUUAUUUUGUAA